AUAAUUUAACCAUCAAUCGUCAUACAAACGAACAACGUACUUCUUCAAAGAUGCAGCGAAUCGUAACGCAACUGUGACUAACUGUGAAUGGUGAACGAUGAAUGUUGCAGAAUCAAACAUAAACCGAAUAGAUAUGGAUUUGAAUAAACAAAUCAUUUUCGCCGUCCGGAAAAGGCCUUGUCUCAACAAUUCGAGAAAUAUCAGUGAAAGAAACUUAGCUUGGAAGCAGUUGGCGGAAGAAUUGAAGAUAGAUGAAACGUUGUUAAAAAUUCGAUGGAAUUUAUUGUUGAAGCGCUAUCAGGCGGAUGAGUUUUGCAAAUAUGGGCAAUUCAUGCGCUUUGUUGAUCGAAACGAAUUGCAACAAACUUUCAAAUGGCCUGAGUUUGAGAUCACGGAAGAUGACGUUGGAGAGUGGCGCUGUAACAAAGAGGAAAAUAAUUUCCUAGAAGUGGAAGAUUUGGAGAGUUCGUUAGAAGAUGCCCAUAAAAUGAAGUUAAUCCAAAGAGGCGCUGAAAAGAAUGACAAAUUAAUUCAGGGUUGUGAUGAAAGCGUGGCUUGUCUUAAAAAUCCUAAUGGCAAAGAAUAUGCAGAAAUCGGCGAAUGGCAAGAAAGUCGCGAAGAUAAAGACUGGAGAAACAACCCUAAAGACGAUAAUAACAAAAGUGAAAACUCAUCAUUCGAACGCUGUGAAGAUGUUAUAUUUGGAGAACUCGUGUCAGCAAUGCUUAAACGAAUGGACGGGGAUAAGAAACGCAACAUUAAAAAAGAAAUUAUGAAUUUGCUUUUGACGUAGGCAUUCGAUGUGUUUACGUUUUAAAUAGUAACGUUUUUAAAAUAUCAUAAACAAUUCGGAAUCAAUUAAAAAAUUUGUUUUGUUUAAAUACA